GCCAUGGUAACCGUUCGCAAAGCUCUAAUGUUCUAGCGAAGUCCUGUCAAAAGUUAUUCACGCUGUAACCAUUUCAUCCAUGAAGCCUGACUUGCCAGGGUUUCUAUUUCAAUUCGACCUAAAGCCGAACUGAUGGAUCCAUCUCUAGUGGACUGCGUUUUAUUCUCAGCAUCAAACAGACAAGUUAACCCCCUCGGUUUACCUCCGCUAUUACUCGGUAAUGAAAAUCAUCGACAAGAUCUCCCAACCGCGAGAGGACGGAAAGCCGCACUACUCGUUCGAGUACUUUCCCCCCAAGACAGAAGUUGGUGUAGCCAAUUUGUACGAUCGUUUAGGUCGUAUGGCCCAGACACAGCCUGCCUUUAUCUCAUGUACAUGGGGAGCUGGUGGUGCAACUGCAGAGCGAACCAUCGGAUUAUGUGCGACAGCUCAAAGUGUCUAUGGCAUCGAAACCUUGAUGCAUUUGACUUGCACUAACAUGGGUAAAGACAAAGUGGAUGAGGCAUUGAAGCAAGCAAAGGAUGCCGGUAUUCAGAAUAUCCUCGCCCUGAGAGGUGACCCACCUCGUGGUCAGGAAUACUGGUCUCCCUGCGAUGACGGUUUCUGCCAUGCCAUAGAUCUUGUCCGAUACAUCCGCCAACAGUACGGUGAUUAUUUUUGUAUCGGUAUAGCUGGAUACCCAGAAGGACAUGUUGAUUCGCAAGACAAGGGUCAAGAUAUCGUAUACCUCAAGGAAAAAGUAGAAGCCGGAGCCGAUUUCAUUGUGACUCAGCUAUUUUAUGACGUUGAUUCCUUCGUCCAUUGGCAAAAGCAGUGUCGAGAUGCUGGCAUCUCUGUUCCUAUUGUUCCUGGUGUCAUGCCCAUCCAAUCGCAUCAGGCUUUUCGCAGGAUCAUCAAUCUGUGUAACACCAAAGUCCCUCCUCACAUAUUAGAGGAUAUGAAUGAGAUCAAAGCGGACGAUCAAGCUGUUAAGGAUUAUGGUGUCAAGUUGGCCACAAGUAUUGUGUCAGAGCUGUAUCACAAAUAUCACAUCAACUGUUUUCACUUUUCAACUUUGAACUUGGAAAAAUCGGUUCGUCUUGUUCUACAAGAUUUGGAUUUCUUGCCUAAAGGUAUUCAAAAUUCAACAGCACAACAACUGUUGAAUGGAAAAUCAACCAAGUCAACCGCCCUUUUGGCUGAAGCUCACCGAGCCGAAACAUGGGAUGAGUUCCCUAACGGUCGAUAUGGUGACUCUCGAUCACCUGCUUUCGGUGACAAUACAUACGGUGCUGGUGUGGCUCAACCUACUUCCAAAGCAAGCGCUAAAUGGGGAUACCCCACUUCGCCCAGCGACAUUGCCAGCCUGUUCAUUGCUUAUAUUUCUGGAGAACUUCAGUCUUUGCCAUGGUGUGAUGAAGCCCUUCAGAUUGAGACUGACGCUAUUCGAAAGUCCCUGUCGACCUUGAACAAAGCAGGUUUAUGGACUGUCAGUUCUCAACCUUCCGUUAAUGGCGCUCCCAGCGAUGAUCCUAUGUUUGGCUGGGGUCCUCGCGGCGGAUACGUGUAUCAGAAGGAAUUCAUUGAGUUCUUUGUCACCUCGGAUAAGCUUCCUGCUCUCUUGCGUCAGCUCGCCAAAGAUCCUUUCAUUACAUAUUACGCUGCCAAUCGCGCUGGAGACUCUAAAACAAACGUUGACGACCGCGAUUCCCAAAAUGCAGUAACCUGGGGUGUGUUCCCAGGAAAAGAGAUUGUCCAGCCUACUAUUAUCGAGCAAGUCAGUUUUGACGCCUGGAGGGUAGAAGCUUUUGAGCUGUGGACAGAGUGGGAACAGCAAUAUUCCCCCGAGUCUGAGUCAAGAAAUCUGCUAAAGCAUCUAGGCGACGAUACUUGGCUCUUCAAUGUGGUUCACAAUGACUUCCAAAACCCUGGAAAGCUCUUUGAAGUGAUUUUAGGCUAGAUAACCAAGUUGUUUAUUACGGACAAUGAGGGAAUUAUUUUUUUUUGACAUAAACAUUUGAAAUAGAAGAGGGAGUCGUUGUUCAAUAGGAGAAAACAAUAACAGCAGAAAAAAAAAUUACUACUACUAA